UGGCUAUCCGGGAAAUGGUGCGGCGCGAUCAGGCGAGGGAGAAGCGGUGGGCUGACGCCGCACGCUCGACUUCUCCGCCGGAUGGGAAGGAAUAGGGAAUGGACUGGGAAAUGGAAGCGAAUAGGAAACGGAAAGGAAUAGGGAGUGGAAUGGAAUGGGAAAUGGAAGAGGAAAUGGAAAUGGAAAGGAAGAGGAAAUGGAAAUGGAAAGGAAGAGGAAAUGGAAAUGGAAAGGAACAUGAAAUGGAAAGGAAGAGGAAAUGGAAAAGUAAAUGUGGGAUACACUGCAACUUCAGUCAGAUUGGAAUGCUUGACUACGCCUCAUCGCCAGAUUGGAAUACUUGCCCGCCUCAUCGCCAGACUGGAAUACUUACCCACCUCAUUGCUAGAUUAGAAUACUUGCCCACCCCAUCGUCAGAUUGGAAUACUUACCCCAUCGCCAGACUGGAAUACUUACCCCAUCGCCAGACUGGAACACUUGCCCACCUCAUUGCUAGAUUAGAAUACUUGCCCACCCCAUCGUCAGAUUGGAAUACUUACCCCAUCGCCAGACUGGAAUACUUGCCCCAUCGCCAGACUGGAAUACUUGCCCCAUCGCCAGACUGGAAUACUUGCCCAAGCCAUCGCCGGACUGGAACACUUGCCCACCCCAUCGCCAGACUGGAAUGCUUGCCCACGCCUCAUCGUCCCACUCACCCGCCACCCCACGCUGCAAAGCACUGCGACCAUCGCACAUCGUCCACGCCAACACCACAUCGCUACAGCCUCACACAUGCAGCCCACCUCGCGGCACAUCAUCCCGGACCCUGGACCCCGGACGCAACCUCCGGUUCGACGUACUCGACUCGUCGUGCCUGCAUCGGUCGGGCCUUCCCACCAAACCUUCCCUCAGCCACCAGAACCCAAUGCACGACACCGCACCCCGUGCAACGCAGGGUUCGUUGUGACACAUGCAGGGCACGGUGUUAUGCGUGCGUGCGCGCGCAUGUGGGCGAUGAGGUGCUGCCGCUCACUGUGUUGCGUGGGCGACGAGGUGCUGCCGCUCACUGUGUUGCGUGGGCGAUGAGGUGCUGCCGCUCACUGUGUUGCGCCACGGUUUCUCCCGCGCCAUUCCAAAUCCACGACCGGUUUGGAGCCACACGACCUGAGGGGUUCAAACCUUGUGGUCGCCAAGUCAUCGAGCCUCAUCUGGAUCUACCGUGGACUGAGACCGUUGAUGGUCUUGCCGGCGGCUUUGCGUGCAUCUCGGACGGCGCUGCAACCCACGAGUCCAAUACGUCAUGAUAAUCUCGCGACGCAGGACUCGUGAGACUUUGGCCAUGAGAGAAACAUUGCCGCAGUCAUGGGAAACGCAUUUCUGCAUCUGGCCCGCGCGAAACACCGGAUCUGCGAGUGCGUAUCUGAUGCCGAGUGGGUCCUCUACGCAGGGCUGCACGAGCUUGGCCAAGUCACUGAAAGCUUGUGAACACUUCUGAACAGUAACAUUGGUAACCAUGGGUUCCUGGCUCUGUUUUGCGGCCAAGAAGUCAUCGUGCAAUCUCCGCGGUAUUCCCACUCGCCCAGCAGCAUCACGACGUUGACGAAUCACGUGACACAGGGACGAUAUAGAGACUAGCAGGCAAACUUUCCAUCAUCGUCCGUGAGUCUUGCAGGGCCUAGAGACUCGAGAUAGGUAUAGAGUUCCCGUUUAGAGACUACACAA